CAAACUCUCAUUGGCUGCCCCGUCCCUAGCCCAUUGCCAUAUUCCCCACUCUUUGGAGGUUCUUAUACGCUGGCACACAGACUGUUCCUGUGGACUUUUGUAUGCUUCGAGAUAGCCCUCGUUGUACUGAACUCACGGCUUAAAGGUUUUUUACGAAUUUACGAAUUUGCUGCUUUUCGAAUUAUCGACAUUUCAGAAAAUGCCACGCGCUAAGGCUGAUGCUAACAAACCCCGUGGUCGUAUGACGGCCUAUGCUUUUUUUGUCCAGACUUGCCGCGAGGAGCACAAGAAGAAGCAUCCCGAUGAGAACGUAGUGUUUUCUGAGUUCUCUAAGAAGUGUGCUGAACGAUGGAAGACUAUGAGUGAUAAGGAAAAGAAGAGAUUCCAAGAAAUGGCUGAGCGUGAUAAAGUUCGCUUUGAUGAUGAAAUGAGGCAUUAUGAGCCUGCUGAAAAAGGUGCAGGAAGGGGACGUAAACGCAAGCAAGCCAAGGAUCCCAAUGCUCCAAAGCGCUCUCUUUCAGCAUUCUUCUGGUUUUGCAAUGAUGAACGUGGAAAUGUGAAGGCUGCUCACCCUGAAUACACUGUUGGAGAUAUUGCCAAAGAUCUUGGCAGGCAGUGGGGUGAGGUAGAUGAAGCCACCAAAUCCAAAUAUGAAGCUAUGGCUGAGAAGGAUAAGGCUCGCUAUGAAAGAGAAAAUAAUGCCUACAAGAAGAAGCUUAAGGGUGAGGCUGACGAAGAAGAUGAAGAUGAUGAUGACGAUGAUGAUGAGUAAACAUCUUCGUUAGACUUACCUCUGCUCCUUCCUUCCUCAAACCCCUGGUUCUUUUUCAUCCCCGUCGCAUUUUUUUUUUUUUACUCCAGUUAGACAUGUGUUCGCCAGAGUAUCUUCAUGUUCGUUUUAUUUGCAUCUUCAUCGUAUCAUCUUCAUUUCUUCCUCCCCAAAACUGCUGACUGGUGUACAUAUCGAGGAAGACAGACACAACAGAUAAUCGCUCGCAGCUCCCAUAACUCCCUUGCCCAUCCACAUAUUUUGAAAAGUUCUUGCAAUAGCAGCCAUUUCAUUCCGACAGAUCGAAGUGAACAUCACCCAUUUUCGUUAAGGGGUUUCUUUCCCCUGCUCACCUGUUUGUUUUGGUCAUUAUCGAUUGGGUUGAAAAGGCGUGAGACAAGAUAAUCUCUUAAAUGAGAUCUUUUUACAUCGGAAUUCCCAUCUCCUCUCCCGCAUAUGUUCACCAAGGAAGCUGGUUAUAAUAUCUAACAAGUCUCCAAGAUUUCUUGUGGCGUUCUGUUUCGUACUUCCACGUCCCAACAUCAUUUUGAAAGAAAAAAAACGAUAAAAAAACAAGCAAUGAAUACACAUCCCAUCUUUCCAUGUUUCAAA